AUGAUAAUUUCAGGACGACGAGGUCAAGAUGAUUCUGGUAGUACAAGUUCAAAGGAAGCUUUGAUAGAAGCACUUGCAUUGGAUUCGGAUGAUUCGAGAGAAAAUAAAUUAACUGGAUAUGAAUUGAAAUUAAAAAACGAGGAAUCGGAUCUAGAGGAAAAGAAAUUGGUUAAGAAUGAUACAAAUGAAGAAGAUAAUUCUAGAGAGACUGGCGUAAAGAAUAAGGGAGAAGAAAAUGUAACGGGAGAAGAAAAAGAUGAAGAAAAACAGAAAGGAAAAGAAAAAGAUAAAGAUGAAAAGGAAAAGGAAAAGGAAGAGGAAAAGGAAAAGGAAAAGGAAAAGGAAAAGGAAAUGGAAAAGGAAAAGGAAAAGGAAAAGGAAAAGGAAAAGGAAAAGGAAAAGGAAAAGGAAGAUAAAGAUAAAGAAAAACACAAAGGAAAAGUUAAAGAAAAGGAAAAGAAUAUAGAUAUAGAGACUUCAACAAGAUGUACAACUGAUCAGAUAAUAACAAUUCAAGAUUCUGACGACGACAAUGAGGUUGAUAAACCAUCAUUAAAUGAUGAUAAUGAUGAUGACAAAGCAGUUACGGGUGAUCAGCCAAAUGAAACAGAUGGUAAUUAA